AUGUCCUUUAAUGAAGGAGACGCUAGGGGAGUAAAGCAGCCUCACAACGAUCCUCUGGUCAUAGUGCUGAAUAUAGAAGGGUUCAACACCAGAAGGAUCCUUAUUGAUAACGGGAGCUCAGUAGAUAUCAUCUACCUCCCAGCAUUCCAGCAGUUGAAAUUAGAUCCAAAAAGGCUCCGCCCUUUUGACUCUCCGCUCGUCAGCUUCAGUGGAGACAGGGUCUACCCCAGGGGAAUAGUGACUCUGACGGUGACGGCAGGGACCUACCCGUUGCAGUUGACCAAACAAGUAGACUUCCUGGUGGUAGAUUGCCCCUCGUCCUACAAUGUCAUCAUAGGGAGGCCCACCCUAAACAAGUGGAAGGCGGCGACGUCGACCUACUGUUUGAAGGUGAAAUUCCCAACAGACAACGGCGUGGGUGAAGUGAAGGGUGACCAAGUCCUGGCAAGGGAAUGCUAUCAGGCCGUCCUGGCAAGAAAAGAGAACCACACGUGGACGAUUGAAGAAAAAGAGGAGGACGGAAUGGAGACCCUGGAAGUAGUGGAGUUGGUAGCAAGAAAUGCGGACAAGACGACCAGGAUAGGGACGAUGCUAAGCCCCGAGAUGAGAACGAGACUCAUAAAAUUCCUUAAGGGGAACCUAGAUGUCUUUGCAUGGGGUCACAAGGACAUGCCAGGCAUAUCUCCAGAAGUCAUCCAGCAUAGGCUGAAUGUGGACCCCAGCAGGAAGCCCGUCCAGCAACGACGAAGAACCUUCGCUCCGGAACGAGAUCAGGCAGUAGCAGAGGAAGUAACCAAACUCUUGACGGCUGGAUUCAUCCGAGAAGUAUAUUAUCCAGAGUGGCUCGCCAACAUCGUCCUGGUAAAGAAAGCCAACGGAAAGUGGAGAAUGUGUGUAGACUUCACCGACCUGAACAAAGCAUGUCCAAAGGACAGCUUCCCUCUACCAAGGAUAGACCAGCUCGUGGACUCCACCGCCGGGCACAAGCUACUAACGUUCAUGGACGCCUUCUCAGGGUACAACCAGAUAAAGAUGGCUGAAGAGGACCAGGAGAAGACUGCCUUCAUCACGAGCCAAGGACUCUACUGUUACAAGGUGAUGCCUUUUGGAUUGAAAAAUGCUGGAGCUACGUACCAAAGAUUGAGCAAGGAGGAGUUCGCUCAUCUGGACGACCUGGAGGAGACUUUUGCAACCCUGAAAAGACACCAGAUGAAGUUGAAUCCAAGCAAGUGUGUUUUUGGGGUGGCCUCGGGAAAGUUCUUGGGAUUCAUGGUAUCCCAGAGGGGAAUAGAAGCAAAUCCAGAGAAAGUACGAGCCAUCAUUGACAUGGCCUCACCCAAGACCGUCAAGGAUGUACAAAAGCUUACAGGAAGGAUAGCAGCUUUAAAUAGGUUCGUCUCUAGGGCCACAGACAAAUGCCUGCCCUUCUUCAAAACCCUCAAGCAGGCUUUUGCUUGGACCGACGAAUGCGAGGCAGCGUUCCAAGAGCUGAAGCAAUACCUGAGCAGUCCACCCCUCCUGAGCCCGUCCAAAGGAGGGGAGAACCUAUACUUGUACCUGGCAGUGUCAGCCUCGGCAGUAAGCGCAGCCUUGAUUAGAGAAGAAGGCAAGAAGCAACUCCCGGUGUACUACGUCAGUCAAGCCUUGCAAGGAGCUGAGUUCAGAGCAGCCAUCAAGGCCCAAGCCCUGGCUGACUUCAUCGCUGAGUUCACUCUUCCAGAUGAACAUGGAGUUACAGACGAAGUUGAUAAAUGGACAAUACAGACAGAUGGUUCGUCAGCCCAAAAGAGGGGGGGAGUAGGGGUCGUCAUAACCACCCCCGACGGAGAAGUGAUGAGAUACGGGGUUCAACUGAAGUUCCCAGCCACUAAUAACGAAGCCGAGUAUGAAGGAAUAUUGACGGGCUUGAGGCUUGGGAAAGCUCUUGGAGCCAAAAACUUGCUGAUCCAGAGUGAUUCAAAGCUGGUAAUCGGACAGAUCAGUGGAGAGUAUGAAGCAAAGGAAGAAAGGAUGCAGAAAUACCUUAAACUGACAAGGCAACUAACUCAAGAGUUCGACACAGUGGAAUUCGUCCAGAUACCAAGGAGCCAGAAUAUGGGGGCCGACGAAGUAUCAAAACUAGCGUCAUCAGAAGAAGGGAAGACGAGCACAGACAUGGCAAUAGAGAUCCAGAAACACCCGAGUAUUGAAGAGGUAGCGGUAUUUUCCAUCCAGAGCACAGACACCUGGAUGACGCCCAUAAUAUCCUUCCUCCAGGACGGGCACCUACCUCAGAAUACUGACGAAGCCAGAAAGGUCAAGAAGAGAGCAGCCAGGUUUACAAUCCUGAAUGACGUCUUGUACAAGAGAGGCUUCUCCAUGCCUUAUCUAAAGUGCGUCGACGAGGACGAGGCCAAAUACAUCCUGGAAGAAGUACACGGAGGAAUCUGUGGCGACCAUGCCGGCUCCAGAUCCCUAGUCAACAAGGUGAUAAGAGCGGGGUAUUUUUGGCCAACCAUGCAGGGGGAUGCUGCUGAUAUCGUUAGAAGGUUCGGGAUUCCUUUGACGAUCAUAUCUGAUAAUGGGAAGCAGUUCGACAGCCAAGGCUUCAGAGACUUCUGCUCGGACCUCGGGAUCAAGAAUCAGUUCUCAUCCCCGGGACACCCCCAGGCAAACGGACAGACGGAAGUAACGAACAGGACGCUGCUCAAGAUAAUCAAAACCAAGCUGGACGAAGCAAAAGGUGCCUGGCCAGAAGAACUACCUAGUGUCCUCUGGGCAUACAGGACUACAGCCAGAACCCCGACAGGAGAGACACCCUUCAGGCUUACCUAUGGCACAGAGGCAGUGAUCCCAGUAGAAGUUGGAGUAACAGGCAUCAGGCGAGGAACUUUCAGAGAUGGACUCAAUGACGAGGAACUGCGGUUCAACCUGGAUUGCUUGGAUGAAGUAAGAGACAAUGCGUCCAGUAGAAUGACGAAGUAUCAAAAGAAAAUGGCCGAGUAUUACAACAAGAGGGUCAAACUCAGGCGUCUGGCCAUAGGGGACCUUGUCCUUCGCAAAGUCACUAUAGCAACUAAAGACCCUACUCAAGGGAAGCUGGGCCCUACAUGGGAAGGGCCAUAUCGCAUCGUUCACUACUCUAGGCAAGGAAGUUACCAUCUGGAAACUAUGGACGGACAAAAGCUCCCUCGUCCGUGGAACAUUGAGCAUUUAAAGAAAUACCAUGAGUAA